AUGAGAUCAUCCCAAAGCAAAGAAGUUAGAGAUGGGCGAAAAGGUUUGCUGGAAAAAUGGGUGAGGGAAGAAGAAUCAAAGAAAAGGCCUAGGACUGUGAUUGAGGUAGAAAGCCCCAGGGAUUCCAACAGCAGCGUAAACAAUGAACCAAAGCGUCUGAAAGGGAGAGGGUAUGGAAAAGAUUUAAACUGGUUGAUUGAGCAUUUAGGACAAGUGAUGGAUGAACGGAAUCAGAAGACUGCAAUAGUGGCGAAUGCAUUCCCAGUAACGAUGUUAUCUAGUGAAGAUCAGGACAGAGUGACGAUGUCAACCACCCCCGUCGCCAUGAGAGUCAUAUCGUGGAUUUGCAGGGGCUUCAACCGGCCGCCUACGAAGCAACAUCUCAGGCAACUUUUGCUCCAAUUUAAGCCCGAAAUUUUAUUUUUGCAAGAAACUAAAUUAUCUUCCAUAUUUUGGAAUGGGAAUUUGGAUUUUGAAAUCCUAGAAAAAUCAUCACAUUGUAUAGCUGCUAGGUUCAAAGAUAUUUUGGAUCCAGGAAAUAAGUGUGGUGGUUUGAAGAUGAGGGAUCAACAAUCUCAACAUUUAAGGGGCAUUUUAAAUGAGCUGGAUAUGACAGAAGUUCCUUUUAGAGGAAAUAAAUAUACUUGGUCUAAUAAUCACAAAGGUAAGGAAUGGAUUCUGGAACGAUUAGGUCGGGCUUUUGCCGAUCAUGCUUGGUUUGAUAUUUAUCCCUAUCCAUAUGUUAUGAAUUUACCGAUUGCGAUAUCAGACAAAGGCCCUUUGGUUCUAAGUACUGGAAGAGAACAAAUACCACAAAACAUUUCUAAAAACCAUUUUGAAGCUUUUUGGUCUAGAAAUGAGGUAGCGUUUGAGAUUAUUAAGAAAGUAUGGUUUGAGAAGGAUGAUAUUUUUAUAAGUAAUGAUCCCAGGAUGAUGUCAAAUUUGUUGGAGACUAUACUGAAAAGCCUUGCAAGUUGGAGUAAGCAAUCUUUUGGUGGCAUGAAUUUGAGGAUCAGAUAA